AUGCCUCUCUGGCAAAUCUACCACCCCAAUGGGACCUUCGAGGACCCAGCAUCCAAAGAAGCCUUCGUCCAAGACAUCACAAAGAUGUACACCGAUGUCGGACUGCCGGCCUUCUACGUCGUCGUCAACUUUGUCACUGUCUCAAAGGGCGACAUUUUCGUCGGGGGGAAAGUUCCAACUGAACGACCCUUCAUCCGGGUGGUUAUCACGCAUAUCGCGGUUCACGCUCCGAACGAAGAUGCCGCCUACCGACGCAUUACCUCGCGGAUCGACACUAUCCUCAAGCCCCAUGUCGCGGAUAAGGGAUAUGACUGGGAAUACCAUGUCGAUGAGACGGAGCGCCGAUUGUGGAAGCUCAAUGGCAUGAUUCCGCCACCGCACAAGAGUGAAUCGGAGCGGGUCUGGGCGAAGGAGAAUCGCGCGGUUGAUUACGAUGGGGCAUACUAG